UUCAGGACCGAUCUCAGGCUCCACGACUCUCCAGCCCUCAAGGCAGCACUGGACCUGAACCCAGAGUGCCUCUGGCCCAUCUUCACCUGGGACCCUCACUAUGUCUACCGAGCCAAGGGCGGGACCAACAGGUGGCAGUACCUCCUCGACUGCCAAAACGACCUCUCGGCCUCCCUGACCAAACUCAACCCCAAGUCCAAGCUGUUUGUCCUCCGCGAAGCCCCGCAGACCCUCUUCCCGCGCCUCUUCCGGGCCUGGGGCGUCACCCACCUCGUCUUUGAGCGCGACACAGAUGCCUACGCCCGCGACCGUGACCGCACCGUGGCCGAGUGCGCGCGAGUCGCCGGCGUCGAGGUCAUCACCCGCAGCGGCCGCACCCUGUGGGACUCGGACGAGCUCGUGCGCGCCCACGGCGGUAAACCCACCAUGAGCAUCACCCAGCUGCAGGCCGCAGGCCACAAGAUCGGCCCCGUGCCGCAGCCGCUCGACGCACCCCAGACCCUGCCCGACCCAGGCGACAUGGCCCUCCCCGACCCGCUCACCAUCCAUCCCGAUCCAGACCGCAACGCCAGGUGGCGCGUGCUCGAGGACAGAGGCUACACGCGCCUGGCCGGGCCCCGAGGCGACUUUGCCGUCGAGACCCUCGAGGAGCUCGGGUUCGAGGCGGCAACGACCCCACACCGCGGCGGCGAGACGGCGGCGCUCAAGAGGCUGGACGAGGUCAUGCGGGACGUGCAGUACGCAGCGACCUUCCGCAAGCCGCAGACCAGCCCGGCCCAGUUCGAGCCGCAGCAGAGCACGACGCUGCUCAGCCCGGCGCUGCACUUUGGGGCGCUCUCGCCGCGGCUGUUUUACCACCGCGCCGUCGAGGCGUGCAAGGAGUUUGGGGAGAAGAAGGCGUCGGCCCCGCCCGAGAGCCUGACGGGCCAGCUCCUGUUCCGCGACAUGUACUUUGCCUGCCAGGCGGCGCUGGGGCAUGCCAUGGUGCAGACCAUGUAUAACCCGCAGGUGCGGUUUGUGCCGUGGCAUCUGCCUGGUGCUGAUGGUGCUGCUGCUGGUCCAGACAAGAUCACAGUGCAAGGGGAAUACGAGGUCGACUCCAGACAGGCCGACGAGUGGUUCCGCCGCUGGGCCGCCGGCACCACGGGUUUUCCCUGGAUCGACGCCCUGAUGCGCCAGCUCCGGCACGACGGCUGGAUCCACCACCUCGGCCGCCACUCGGUCGCCUGCUUCCUGACCCGCGGCGGCUGCUACGUCCACUGGGAGCGCGGCGCCGACGUCUUUGCCGAGCUGCUGCUGGACCACGAGCCCGCCUGCAACGCCGGCAACUGGCAGUGGCUCAGCUGCACCGCCUUCUUCGCCCAGUACUACCGCUGCUACAGCCCCGUCACCUUUGGCCAAAAGUGGGACAGGGAGGGGAACCUCGUGCGCCGCUGGGUCCCCGAGCUGAGAGACUUGCCGGCCAAGUACAUCUAUGAGCCCUGGAAGGCCCCGCUGCCCGACCAGAAGAAGGCGGGCGUGCGUGUGGUGGAGUUUCCGGGCGUCGACAAGGAGCUGGAGAAGGGGACGUACCCCAAGCCCAUGUUUGACUUUGCCGAGAGGAGGAGGAUCUGUAUCGCGAGUAUCAAGAAGGCGUAUGAGGUUGGCCUGCAUGGCAACGACAAGGCGGUCCUGGACGGCACUUACAAGAGCCUGUUCGAGGGCGGUGGGGAGGACGAGGAGAUGGAGGGGGACGCCCUCGGCGAGAGUGACGACGGGGCCGAGGCUGAUCAUGCUGUGGAUAAUCCUGAGGAGGAGGAGGAUGAUAAGAAGAAAAAGAGCCAGAACGGGAACAAGCGGGUAAAAGGGCCUAUGGACAGGCACUUUAAGAAGCUAAAGACGUAG